AUGGCGCCCCAGGAUCUAUCGACGGUCUUGUCGUCAUGGUUACUGAUAGCUCUCAGCCUUAUUCCCAUAUCGAUUGCUGCAGAACCCACUGCUCAAUCGACAAACGCAACCCUUCCCAAUGGAAUCUCGAAUCAUGGGGACCCAAACUUGCUCUGCACAUCUACCAAAUGGAGUGACGUCGCUUUCUUUUUCAUCGGCAAUUAUGCUGCCCAUGCCGGGACAGUUGUUUCGCUGCCCGGGGAGUCGACCAUGGAUUUCGUGGUAACGGUGCUUCUUGCUCUUGUUUUCCCAAGCUCGGGAGCGUUACGGGGUUUCCGUUUCAUCAGGAACAGCACCAUGACACGGGAUCCUCUGCACGUUGCUCUGAAGGCUGGAGCUCUUUGCAUGGUUGUUCGGGCGCCCAACUGGAGCCCAAAAUCAGGCGAUUGUCUUCAUACGCUAUCAUUUGUGAGCAAGGAUAUGAUAAGGAUGGCAAAGGCUGAACCUCUCCUGUCCCGGAGAAAGGUAGACAAGUUGUUGAAAGAGCGGCGGAAUCCCGCAGAAGAACUCAAUUCCCUGCUAAACGGAGAACUUUGUCAUCGCAGAAAACAGUGCACCAACCCAAGGCAACCCGCCCGACUGAGUGUUGAAACGCCUCCAUGGCUCAGGGGUUCUCUCCUCCUGGUCGGACGCAGGAUCCAUGGCAACCUCAAAUUACCUCAGGGCUAUACUCUGGUUGGGGUCCCAAAGGAUGCCUCCGUUGAGAGUUGCAUACGAAACAUUGACAAUGUCGGGGAUUCUAUUCUCAACCGGUUUGAAACGGAGGUAAUCGCAGCUUCGUACAGUACCCCCAAAGCCUUGGUUGCCAUCGCUCAGGCAGUCUAUGCCUCAGUCACAUUGUAUCGAUCGCGAGGCGACCAAAUUACGAGAUACGGCUAUGCGGCGUUCGGGCUCACGGUGGUUCCUUAUAUAGCCAUGUCACUAUUGAACCUCCUCAGCACCUUGGUUACCCCGGAGUACGCUGCGCUUUAUAUGAUAGGAUCUGGGAUUAUGGACGAAGCCAAGACACGCGGAGGCGUUUUUGAGAGUGUGGUUGGUCGACUUGUUGAUGAAGAGGUCACCGUCGAUCAGACCUUUCUCUUCUCUGGGUCGUUCAAGGAGCGCGACGAGGACCAUAAUUGCGAAGAUGAGGUUGGUGAUAACCACCGCCAGUCUCGUAAAAUGUUUGAGUUUGACUUGACCUCUGAGCAGGUCAACAAUCCUGCGUCUGUGGAAAAACCUGGAAGCGAAGAUUCAGCUGGUACAAAAGAGCCAGAACAAAAGACCAGCGCCGUGGUAGAAACGUCGUGGUCAGUGCCUGUAACAUCAAUGACCCGGCAAAGGAGUUCCACGAUUUGGGCAUUCAUUAGCACUACUCAAUCUCGACUCGAUCCUAUGGUCACUGCCAGCAGCCGCCCGCCGAGAGACGAGCCUUGUAUCGUGGUCCCGGCGUGCUACAACUUCAAAAGGAAAAUCACCAAAUAUUCUCGGCUAGAUUGCCAUUAUCCCCGUACGGCCACGCCUGGUCCACUGCAGGUCAUAUUUGACAUAGUCAUAAGGGGUAGAAAUCUGGAUUCAUGGGCGGCCACCUUCAUCCUCAGCGCCAUCUGGAUCGCCAUCAUAGGUGGAAUGUCUCAUUUUAAGCCCGGCUCCAGUACUCUCGCACAGAGGGCAUGGAUUAUGACCUGGAUGGUCUAUGGAAUCUUUGUUGGGGGCAUGUGGAGACCCAAGGUCUCCGUGCUGACUGAGCUCUGGAGGCAAACACGGAUGGCGCGUCGGGAGAGAAUUCCACUAGGCUUCCGAUUCUACGGCAAUUUCUUUGGGGUACAUAUGGCUCUGCUGAAUGUUUGCCUUUAUUCGACCCCUGCAGUUGGAGGCUUCGUGGUGGUCGCCAAAAUGAUCUGGGAGUAUGGCAACUGCCAACGAAUUUGA